AUGGCCUUCUCUUCAAUUGUCUUUGAAGGUAUCAUUGGGUCCUCAUUCGAGAGUGAUAUAGCAAUCGAUGACAUCAAAUAUUACAACGGAAUCUGUCCUCCUUCAAGAACCUGUGAUUUUGAGGCUAGUGAUUGUAGCUGGAAGCAGGAAGCUGUCCUAGAUGACUUUGACUGGGUAAGAGGAAAAGCUUCUGAAGUCCCUAGUGGCUCUUUAUACAACGACCAUACAACGGGAACCCCGGCAGGUAACGUUCUUUUUGCGAACACGACAUCGGAACGUGCUCCUGGUGACCAAGCACUGAUUUACAGUCCCUCAUAUGACGCAACAGAAGAGGGCGAUUGUAUGACGUUUUGGUAUCACAUACAUAAUGACCCGAAUGAAGGGUACUUGGCAGUUUGGGAGUCUAUAAAUGGCGCCCUCUAUGGGCCGUAUUGGACAUCGACAGUUGGAGUGACGUCGAAUGAUUGGCAGUUUGCGAGUGUGACUUUAAAAUCGAAUGCGACAUUCCAGGUUGUACUUCAGGCUGUUGUAGGUGUAACGACCGCUGCUGAUAUGUUGGUUGAUGACAUCACGUUUGAAUACGGAGCGUGCGCACCACCAGGUUUUUGCGACUUUGAAUCUGACUACUGUUACUGGACCAACACACGGACGGGGGACAACUUUGAUUGGACAUUGAGUAGCGGUGCCACGCCCAGUGUCACGACCGGGCCUAGCAAAGACCACACCCUUUCUUCGUCGAGUGGUCAUUACGUGUUCAUCGAAACAAGCACGCUUGUUGCUGGUGACAAGGCAUGGUUGAUUAGUGAAUUCAGCCCGCCCUCUGACGGCUGCUUCACUUUCUGGUAUCAUAUGUAUGGUGCAGGUGUUGGUGAACUCAACGUUUACCUAAUCGAUGGUGUCAAUGGUAACAUGGCCCUGGAGUGGAGUGAGUCUGGUAACCAUGGUGAUCGAUGGGUCAAAGGUCAAGUGUCAACAUCCAACUUGAACCCAUACCAGAUAGCGAUAGAGGCGACCUAUGGAGCGAACUACACAGGGGAUAUAGCCAUCGAUGAUACGUUUAUUACCGUCGAUGGACUCUGUAAUGAAUCUGGCGAGUGGGACUGCGACUUUGAAGAUGACUGGUGUGGCUACACACAGGCUCAGGACGACACAUUUGAUUGGACAAGGCUGACCGGUGCCACGUCAUCCCUAGAUACAGGACCAUCCAUAGACCACACAACAGGCACGGCUACCGGAUACUACGUCUUCAUCGAGACCUCCAGCCCCCGUGUCCCCGGUGACGAGGCCCGCUUCAUGAGCACGCUCAUCCCUACCACCUACCGCCAAUGCUUCACAUUCUACUACCACAUGUUUGGUCCGACCGUUGAGACCCUGAACGUCCUCACCAGGAGGAAUGAUUCUGCUCCGGGUGACAUUGGUAAUGUGGUAUGGAGCAGUCAGGGCGAGAAAGGAGACGUGUGGUACCCCGGAUCGGUGGUCAUUGCUGAACAGGUGGCUUUCCAGGUUGUGUUCCAAGCUUAUGUUGGAGCCUCGUUCACCGGAGAUAUAGCAAUAGAUGACAUCCGGAUCUACCCCGGAGACUGCCCCGCCACGCCGACAUGUGAUUUUGAGAACUCUCUCCUCUGUGGCUAUCGGCAAGAUACCACCGACAAUUUUGAUUGGACGUACGGAUCAGGUGACACGCCUACGUCACUCACUGGACCAUCCGUUGACGUUACAUAUGGAACAGCUUAUGGUCACUACAUGUACAUUGAGGCAUCCCAACCGAGUUCACCUGGUGCUAAAGCUCGUCUGAUUGGACCUCAUAUUUCAACGGAUACGACUUUAACCGUCUGCUGGAGUUUGUACUUCCAUAUGUACGGGCAAGACGUCGGCACUUUGAACAUAUUGACCCAAAAUGCGGAUGCGACAUCCACCAUUGUUACAUCAUUAGCCGGUGACCAAGGCAACCAAUGGUAUAGCACCGCCUUCGAGAUCACCUCCAAUGGAUACGAGAUCGUCUUCGAAGGCGUUGUCGGAUCAGGAGAAGAAGGAGACAUUGCAAUCGACAAUGUCAGGAUGAUCGAGGGCAGCUGUGGAGGAUUAUGCCUUCAUAGAAAGGUGAAGCAGCUGAUGAAGAAUGAGAGGAGACAAUUUUCCAAACAUGUCGUCGAUUCAAAAACUUACGUACGCAAAGUGCAGAUGUAUUUUCAAUAUGUUUAG